GGUGAAGCUCCGCCCACUCCUGAUCCGGGUACCUGAUGCUGAGCGGCACUGACUGUUAGCUGCUUCAAGCUAUGGCGGACUUCAUGGACUACGCCUUCCCGGCAGGAGCGGAAAGUGAUGAAAGUAAUGAUGAAUGGGACAUCAGCUGCGGCGUGGAAACAUCUUUUCUUCACAAAGCUUCAGUGGAAAACGACCAGGACACUGAGUUAAAGUGUGAUGAUGUCUGGAAGAUGAAAAGAGCUAUCUGUAAAGGAGAAGUGGAUGAAGUUAUCAGGCUGCUGGACAAUGGUAUGGACGUGGAGACCAAGCUUGAGUUUGGAUGGACUCCACUUAUGUUUGCGGUCAAUAUGGCAAAUUACGACUUGGCCAAACUGCUGUUGGACAGAGGCGCCAGUGCAAAUUUCACCAAAGAGGGGUGUUCAGUACUCAUGGUUAGUUGUACUGCAUCAGCUGAUGAAGAGAAAAUCGCACGUUGUGUGGAACUUCUCCUGUCCAGAAACACUGACCCCAAUGUGGCAGACAGAUCUCAGAUGACCUCUUUGAUGUGUGCUGCCAGGGAGGGCUACACUAAAGUCAUUAACCUGCUGGUGGCUCAUGGUGCAGAAGUCAAUGCCCAGGACAGCAGUGGCUAUACAGCUUUGGCUGUAGCAGUGAAGUAUGGAAGAGAAGAGGCAGUGUUAAAGCUUCUCCAGCUGGGGGCAGACAAAACCAUAAAGACCAAGAACGGCACGAGUCCAGCUGACCUGGCCAAGUUCUUCAAGCACUCACAGAUAGCAAAAAUCUUGACGUCUUCAUCUCUCAACUAUAAUGCUGGGGCCUUUGGUUCCACAGAGGAGAGGCUGUCCAGGUUUUUCAAGACCAACUCUGAAACUCUACCGUCCAUAGAAAGCGUAACUCGUCUUAAUGAUCUUGAGCUUCUUCUACAUGGCCUUAAUUUGAGCCACCUCACUGAAGUCAUGACUAACAAUGACAUCACAUGGAACUGCCUGUUGACCAUGAAGAAAGAGGACCUUGAGAAGAUUGGUAUCACAGACCCAGAGGAUCAGGGAAAGGUGCUGGAUGCUGUGCACCAGAUCCACUUGGAUAAAGUAGACCUUAACGCCUUGUGCCAGCUGGGAGCUGUUUACAGUGGGUGUGAAGAUCUGCAGAACUUCCUCAUCAGUGUGAAUCAUCAGUGCUGUUACCUGAUAGAAGUGAUCCAUGACGUCGUCAGCCGCUUUCCUCGUCAGGCUUCUCAGCUGGUCUUCUCUCUGGACUCGGGGAAGGAUGCCCAGUCCAUCUGCAGACAGCUGGUCCUCCAGACCAAAGACCUGGAAAAGGAAGUGUCUUGUCUCCAUAGUCUGCUGUGCAAGAUGGAGGAAAGCAGGGAUUGCUGUGAGCUUCGUCCUCCUGGUUCUCACAAAGGAUGGAAGAAGUCUCUGGUCGCCGGGGUUGUAGUGGGCAUGCUGGGAGCCACCUCGCUGCUGCUCGUGUGUAAAGCUUGCAAGUGGUAAAUCAUCUGAUCACAAAGCAGAGGUUUCACCAUUAGUUUAUUUUAUUUGAGCUGUCAAAAUCUGUUUUUGUUUUUGAAGUAAAAUUCCAUUUUUGCUGCAGUUUUUUUCCCAAGUUUUCAGAGAAAAAGUAAUAUUUUUAAGUUUUAAAGGAAGGUUUCGAUGUCGUGUUUAUAAUAAAGCAAUCUUCCUGUACUGUA